UUGGGGGAAGAUCUAUCAUUAUAUAGAUUAUGUAGGGUCAUCAGUCAUCUGUUAAUUAGGAAAAAACCUGAGGUUCCUUGUGUUUAAUUCUUCUCUUUGCUGGCCAGGCAAGCAAAAAUUGUGGCUCCAGCUGUGUUAAAUCCAAAUAAGACAUAAAAUGUGUUUCCUUCCCUAUUCCUUCUCCUCUCCUUUCUCCUUCUGCCCUUUUCCCUCCUCCUCUUUCCUUCUUCCCCCCCCUCUCUUUCUCCUCUCCCUCCUCCUCCUCUUCCUUCUUCUCUUCCUCUUCUUCUUCAGCUGAUCAGAUAGAGCUCUCUGAUUGUAAGUCACAGAAAUGUACUAUGGCUAACCUAAUCAAAUGGAAAUUCACUGGAAAAGUAACACUGAGUGGAGGGGAGGCUGUAGAGCCAGGCUUGGGAAAGGACAAGAAACAAAGCAACCAGGGCUUCUGGAAGCAAGAGUUCCAUGAAUAGUCUCACAGCAGAAUCAGUCUGGUCAGAGGGAUGCUGAUGAGGCUGAUGCUAUUUCAUUCAUAUGCAUUCAAUUUUUCUGUCCUUCUGCUGAAGAUACAAAUCUCAGGGAGGAAGCAUCUGGUCAACCUGUCUCAGGUUAUGUGUCUACUCCCUUAGCUAGGGAGGGGCAGGCCCUAUCAGACCACCAGAAUGUAUUCAAUAAAGAACAGGUAAUUCCCCCAAAAUAAUCUGGGAUGUUUUCUUCAGAGAAGGUGAAAUGGAUGCUGGGCUGGAAAAGACCAGUGAAUGUACACUUUACAUACAGCCUUUGCCAAGACAAAAUGCAAUACAAGGGAAGAUUUCCUGAUCUGUGCUUACCUACUUGAUACUUCGGACGGGAUUUCAUACAACAUGGAAUAACAGGGAUUGGAUUUGCCCUCCCACCAGAAACAACCAAUAAUAUGAACAAAAUACGUGUUUCUCCAGAUACUGGAUGUCAGGAAACAAAGGACAGUGAUCCCUGAAAGAUGGGGAAAAAAUGAGGGUAUUUCAAGCAGAGGAGUCCUGAGUGAAGAAGAUUCCGCUUCCCUGUUUUCAGGUUCUGGCAGUCAUGGACCGGGAAGAGCGAGUCGGGGCGCGGGUCCCUGGCGGUCGCUGGAACCCUUGUGAGUGAGGCGUUUGGAGAGCUGCUGAGGAGCCAGGGGCUUGGAGGAGCGAGAAGACAUGUAUUUUCAGCUGAGUCUCAGAAGGGGGGAAUUUCCUGUCACCACCAGAAAAGCAACAGCCCCGAAAUGUGAUUGCAACUGACUAGCAGAGCAGAGGCCCAGGAGUCACUGGAUUGAUGAUUUAGAAUAUGCUAAAAAGCCAGUGCUUUAUUUGGGGAAUUCAGGGGCUUUCUGGUGCCCAAGACAGUGACCUGCAGCAAGGGAGUCAGAAGACAGAUGUAGAAAUCAAGAGUGACCGUCCACGGGAUUGACUUGGAUUGCCACUCAAGCGGUCCUCUCAUGGAAUGUUGGUGAGGUCCUCUGCCAGGGAAGCAAGCCGGCUGUGCAAAGGGCUGCCUGGUGGGGAGGACUCCUGGAAAUCUGACUGACCCCUAUUCCCUGCUUAGGAACUUGAGGGGUGUCAGAGCCCCUGAUGUGCUUUCCCUUAGGAAGAUGAGGACUCUGAACACCUCUGCCAUGGAUGGGACUGGGCUGGUGGUAGAGAGGGACUUCUCUGUUCGUAUCCUCACUGCCUGUUUCCUGUCGCUGCUCAUCCUGUCCACGCUCCUGGGGAACACGCUGGUCUGUGCUGCGGUUAUCAGGUUCCGACACCUGCGGUCCAAGGUGACCAACUUCUUUGUCAUCUCCUUGGCUGUGUCAGAUCUCUUGGUGGCCGUCUUGGUCAUGCCCUGGAAAGCAGUGGCUGAGAUUGCUGGCUUCUGGCCCUUUGGGUCCUUCUGUAACAUCUGGGUGGCCUUUGACAUCAUGUGCUCCACCGCAUCCAUCCUCAACCUCUGUGUGAUCAGCGUGGACAGGUAUUGGGCUAUCUCCAGCCCUUUCCGGUAUGAGAGAAAGAUGACCCCCAAGGCAGCCUUCAUCCUGAUCAGUGUGGCAUGGACCUUGUCUGUACUCAUCUCCUUCAUCCCAGUGCAGCUCAGCUGGCACAAGGCAAAACCCACAAGCCCCUCUGAUGGAAAUGCCACUUCCUUGGCUGAGACCAUAGACAACUGUGACUCCAGCCUCAGCAGGACAUAUGCCAUCUCAUCCUCUGUAAUAAGCUUUUACAUCCCUGUGGCCAUCAUGAUUGUCACCUACACCAGGAUCUACAGGAUUGCUCAGAAACAAAUACGGCGCAUUGCAGCCUUGGAGAGGGCAGCAGUCCAUGCCAAGAAUUGCCAGACCACCACAGGUAAUGGAAAGCCUGUCGAAUGUUCUCAACCGGAAAGUUCUUUUAAGAUGUCCUUCAAAAGAGAAACUAAAGUCCUGAAGACUCUGUCGGUGAUCAUGGGUGUGUUUGUGUGCUGUUGGCUACCUUUCUUCAUCUUGAACUGCAUUUUGCCCUUCUGUGGGUCUGGGGAGACGCAGCCCUUCUGCAUUGAUUCCAUCACCUUUGAUGUGUUUGUGUGGUUUGGGUGGGCUAAUUCAUCCUUGAACCCCAUCAUUUAUGCCUUUAAUGCUGAUUUUCGGAAGGCAUUUUCAACCCUCUUAGGAUGCUACAGACUUUGCCCUGUGACGAAUAAUGCCAUAGAGACGGUGAGUAUCAAUAACAAUGGGGCUGCGAUGUUUUCCAGCCAUCACGAGCCACGAGGCUCCAUCUCCAAGGAGUGCAAUCUGGUUUACCUGAUCCCACAUGCUGUGGGCUCCUCUGAGGACCUGAAAAAGGAGGAUGCAGCUGGCAUCGCCAGACCCUUGGAGAAGCUGUCCCCAGCCCUAUCGGUCAUAUUGGACUAUGACACUGACGUCUCUCUGGAGAAGAUCCAACCCAUCACACAAAACGGACAGCACCCAACCUGAACUCGCAGAUGAAUCCUGCCACACACGCUCAUCCCAAAAGCUAGAGGAGAUUGCUCUGGGGCUUGCUGUUAAGAAACUAAGGUAUGGUGAGACUCUGAGGUGUCAGGAUAGCCCUCUGCUGCUUUCCAACACACAACUAACUCUAUUUUCAAAUACAUUCCAGUGUAUUUUCUGUGUUGUUCAUAGUCAAUCAAACGGGGACACUACAAACAAUGAGGAGCCACAAGGGACAUGUCUUUGGCUUCAAAAUUGUUUUUAGAAAUUUAUUCUUAUCUUAGGAUUUACCAAAUAGGGCAAAGAAUCAACAGUGAACAGCUUCACUUAAAAUCAAAUCUUUCUGGGAAGAAAAUGAGAUGGGUUGAGUUUGCUGUAUACAAACAGGUGCUAACACUGUUCCCAGCAAAGUUUUCAGAUUGUAAAGGUAGGUGCAUGCCUUCAUAAAUUAUUUCUAAAACAUUAAUUGAGGCUUACAGUAGGAAUGAGAAAUUUUUUUCCAGAAUUGAGAGAUGUUUUGUUGAUAUUGGUUCUAUUUAUUUAUUGUAUAUAUGGAUAUUUUUAAUUUAUUAUAUAAUAAAUAUAUAUUUAUCAUAUUUAAUAGGAUAAACUAAUGAGUUUUAUCCAAGACCUUACAACCACAUUUCUGGCCACUUAACUAGCACUUUAUAAGCCAAUGAAACAAACACACAGACUCUGUGAGAUUCUAAAUGUUCAUGUAUAACUUCUAGAAACACAGCAGAAACUGAUAGAUAAGGGAAUAAAGUUGAAAUGAUUCCUUAAAAUUCGUGGACACAAAUAAAUGCAAGGUGAGAAUUGACAAAUGCUAUAAAUGCUUUCUUUUUCUGAAAAGAUUUUGAAAAAUUUAAAAAAGUAUAGCUACUACUGUGUUCAAAACGUUUUAAAUGACAAAAGACUUUCCCAGGGGAAUUUGCAGUUCUGUAAAUAUCUUGAAUAAAAGCCAACUUAAGAAGAACCCAGCAUUAAAUUUACGAUCUUAGGUGGUAAUGAAAAGUAUAUGCUGCUUUGUAUUUAUGUAAAAUAAUUGGCCCUCUCCAUCUUUUCUCAUUUCAUGUGUCAGGUAGUUUUUCUGAACCAGACAAAUGGUUUUCCUGGAGAGAGAUGUGUAGCACAGAGAGUGGGUUACAGCAGCCCCACUGAGGGACCAAACUCAAACCCUGCAUUUCCAUUUUACCAGGUCAAACCAAGCCACUCAGUGGGGCUACUUUUUAUAGUGCUUUAAUCUGAAUUUAGAGCUGAUUUUUAAAGGAGUCUUUAAAUGUUAAUGGUAUACUAACUAACGAAUAGUGCCUCAUUAUCAUCCUUGAGUCAGAUACUUCUGUUGGUGGGAGAAACAGAAGAAUCCUUCCCUUUGGGUGUGUUAAGCCCCCCCAAAGCCAUCAGCAUCUCUUUUGACAAAUGCUAGUCCUUUCUCUGUGCUUUGGAAUCAAGUUCCUGCAUCGUCACCUGGACUGUAAAAAGUAUCAUAAGCCUCCCUUGCCAGAUGCCAACUCGUGGGGCAUUUCAACAGAGUUUCUUUGAAGUGUUUACAAAGUAUUCUUCUUGAUAAGCAAUGAACUUAACAUUUAGAUGCAAUCUGUGAAAAGAAAAAACAUAUGAAAAAUAUCUCCUGCAUCAGGUCUGUGUUAUUUAUGUAUUGUGAAUGUUUUCUUAAUUUUAUUGGCUGUAU